GCAGGUCUAGCAGUGUUGGAUAUAUCAAAGACAAUGAUGUAUGAUUAUCAUUAUAGUGUAAUGCAGAAGUACUAUGGUGAUAAUAUCAAGCUUAUGUAUACUGACACGGAUUCAUUAGUAUAUUUUAUUCAAACCGAUGAUUUCUACGACGAUCUUGUAAAGAACACCCACUUGCUUGACCGUAUGGAUACUGCUAACUUACCACGAGACCAUCCGUGCUAUAUUGCAGAGAGAAAAAAGGUUCCGGGUCUGUUUUCGGAUGAGUUGGAUGGCCGUAUUAUGACAGCGUUUUGCGCGCUCCGUGCUAAAUCUUACGCGUAUAAAACCCUAGGAGUGGAUGGUAUUGAUGUGAUGGAAAAUAUUCGUGCAAAAGGCAUUAGGGGCCACGUGGUUAAGAAUCAUAUGACAUUUGAGGGCCAUCGGCGAUGCUUGUUUGAAGGUAUUGGGGUGGAUGACGAUAAUAGACAGCUGAACAUGUGUAUACGUUCGUUCAACCACCAAUUGACGACAGUCAAAUCCAACAAAAUAACAUACAAUAAUUAUGAUGAUAAGAGGAUAGUACUAGAAGACAAAAUCCAUACACUAGCUCAUGGUCAUUAUAGAAUAGAAGAUGCAGAGUUGGCUGAAAUGAUGGCUGAUAGCGAAUACUAGGCCAUGUUUAUAUUUGUAAAUACAUUGUAUAAAAACCAUGUUCACCUUAGAUUAAAUUUGUAUGUUACACUCUAU